AUGCCAUCCUGUAAACUGCAUCUCCCCGACUCCCUCCUCGGAUGGCUCCACCUUCUCAUCCUAACCUACGCCAUCUUCAUAAUCCUAUCCCAUUGGCGCCAAAGACGUCCCCAAAACCGCCUUCGAGCAGCUCCCAUCCCCCACCCCCCAGGACCAGACCCCUCAAAGCAAGACCAAGCAGACCUCGCGAUAGACAUCCCCGGCCCCCGCCUCCCCUACAACGAAACCACCCUCGUCGCACUCAUCACCGAAAUCUACCGCACCUACCAGAAACUCAACUACAUCACCCCGGAUGAACUCAUCUGGCCCCCGGCCGAAGGAGCCGGCCACGCGAUCAACGAGCCCCUCUGCGCGGCCCUGCAUCUCGACCCCGCCGUGAUCUCGCUGAUGAAGCGCCUGCCCUACCCCCUGACCUCGCGGCUCGCCGAAACAGUCCCGAUCACCCCGCUCUCGCGCGCCUUCGUCUACCUCGAGGACGAGGAGAUCCGCGGCGGCCGGGAUCCCAAGCGGUACGGGCAUGUCGACGAGCUGCGAGGGGAUGUCUUGCGCCCGCAUGAGAUCGCGCUGAGCUGUUUCGCGGAUGAAGGGGAGUGUUUGGUUUUGGAUGUGGAGGAGAAUACCAUCCGAGUCUGGGAGUGGGAUGGGCUCCCGCCCAGCGGCGACGACGCCACUGACUUGCGCGCGUAUCACGCCCACCACGCCCCGACCUUUUUGUCGGAGCAUCUGGAGAAGCUGCGGGCUCUGCAGAUGAUUCCCUGUGGCCACAGCGGGGCGCGGGGCUACUGGGUUCUGGAUUCGGGCGAGGUGUAUCCUCGGAUUAAGAGAACACUGCAGGAACAGUACGGCUGGCCGUAUGAUUUCCGGGCGGCGGAGUGGAAGGCCGCUUCGGAGGAGACCUGGGAGCGGCUGUUGCGGUUUGAUCCGGCUUUUUAG